AUGGCUUCACUAACACUUACGUCUCUCUGCUGGGCUCUGCUGAUCCUCUUCGCCGUGGUUUUCGCCGCUGAAGGUGAAGCCCAGAACACUGUUACAGCGAAGUCUGGACAGGACGUAGUUCUACCAUGUCGAGUAUCACCAGACAAAACCAUCAGAGCUGUGAAGUGGAGCAGAGCUGACCUGGGAGAUGAAUAUGUGCUUUUGUACCGGGAUGAGCAGCUGGAUCCAGAAAACCAGCAUCCAUCUUUUAAGAACCGGGUGGAUCUGCAGGACAGGAAGAUGAAUAAUGGAGACGUGUCUCUGGUUCUGAAGAAUGUGACGACUGCUGAUGAUGGAUCAUACAAUUGUAAUAUUUUCAACGGAGGGACAAGGUCAUGGGAGUGCAUCAACACCGUCAGCCUGACUGUUUCAGGUCAGACAGCAGAACUCACAGUUGCACCUGUUGGACUCAUCGCUGGUCUGAGUGUUCCUGCUGUGGUUCUUGUUGCUGCUGUUAGUUUUGUGUGCUACAGAAAACAUAAACAACAGAACCGGGAUUUUAACUAG